AUGGGAAAGUGCCCUGUGACCGGUCACGGCAAGUCGGUGGAAGGCGACGACGCCUACGUGGUCAACAUUGACGAAGAUGCCAAAAAGGCCACGACUAAGGAUGUAAUUGAUUUAAUGCGCCCGUUCUACUGGCCGGGCGAGUCUGGCGACAGCACGCACAAGGUGUUCAUUCUGCGUAUGUUCGUCAUAUUGGCAAUCGUCGCGCUUUUCUGUGGCAAGGCAUGCAACCUUCUGGCGCCCUAUUACAUGGGCCAGGUGAUCACCGCGUUGGGUGAAAACAGCAAGAUGUUGGCCCUCAGGCACUUGUUGGUGAUGGCCGUUCUCUUCCUAGGCGGUACCACGUUCGAUGAAACGAGGAACCUGCUAUUCAGCUACGUCCAGUGUCAUGGUCUGACGACUCUGGCCUUGAAGUUCUACAGCCACCUGCACACGAUGGACUACCAGUGGUUUGUGGAUACCAAGAGCGGACAGAUGAUCCGCUGCAUGACCCGUGGUCUCGAAUCGAUGCGCGAGUUGACUCGGUUUGGUGUGCUCCUUAUGGUGCCGACCAUGUUGGAGGCGUUCUCGGUCUGCGUUCUCUUCGCCGUCUAUUUCCGGGAGGUGUGGCUGGUGGUGACCCUGGUGGUCGGCUUAUCCCUCUACAUCGGAGUGACUAUCGUUGCGACCAACUGGCGCAACAAGACCCGCGCGGCCGAGGCCCAGAGGGACGACGAAAUGCACAACGUGGCCAACGACGGCAUGAACAACUUCGAGACCGUCAAGUACUACACCAACGAGGCCCACGAAGUCGCACAGUACACCUCCGUGGUCCGCAAGCACCAGAAGUGCCAGUGGCGUGUGCUGUCGAGUCUGAGUAUCCUGAACAUGUCGCAGGAGCUGAUGAAGCAAACGACGAUCGGCCUGUGUUUGCUGUUCGGCGUGCUGGCAGCCGCCAGUGGCAGCAUGAAAGUUGGAGAUGUGGUGUCGAUUCAGACGUAUCUGUUCUAUCUGUACCGCCCCCUGUUCAUGCUGGGGACUAUGUACGCUAUGAUCUGCCGUGCUAUGGCUGGAAUUCAGAGUGCCGCGAACAUGAUGCAGUGCAAGCCCGCCAUCGUGGACCGCGAAGACGCCGUUUCGCUCGAGCUGGACGUGACCACCUCCAGCGACUUGCCGAUGAUCGAGUUCCAGGAUGUGUCCUUUAGCUUCCCGGAACGCGGAGGAAGGCGUCCUAAGGUUAUUCUGCGCAAUCUCAGCUUCACGGUGCCCAAGGGGCACUCGCUGGCCAUCGUGGGGGCCACCGGCGCUGGCAAGACCACCGUGAGCCUUCUGCUGUGUCGUUUAUACGACAGCAGCAGUGGAAGGAUUAUGGUAAACGGCAUGGAUAUCACGGCGGUGACCCAGGAGAGCCUGCGCCGCAACAUCGGCGUGGUGUCACAGAACACCGCACUGUUCCACGCCACCCUGCGCGACAACAUCCGCUACGCCAAGCUUGACGCUACUGACGAGGAGGUCUACGAGGCCCUACGUCGCGCGAGCUUCCUGGACCGCGUGAUGGCGAUGCCGGACAGGCUCGACACCGUGGUAGGCGAAAAGGGCAUGCGUCUCUCCGGCGGAGAGAAGCAGCGCGUCAGCAUCGCACGCUGCUUCCUCAAGGACCCGCCGAUUAUCGUCCUCGACGAAGCCACCAGUGCCCUGGACUCCAAGACCGAGGCUGAUAUCCAGUCCACCCUGCGACUGCUGUUCCACAACCGCACGGUGCUCACCAUCGCCCACCGUCUGAGCACCAUCGUGGACUGCGACUGCAUCAUGUACAUGGAGAACGGCGAAGUGAAGGAGUUCGGCUCGCAUUCCGAGCUGCUGCAACGCGGAGGCGGCUACAAGUCCUUGUGGGAUGCGCAGUCAGGCGGUAAAAUGACCGCCUUGCACAACCUUGUGCAAUCCGACAACCAGAGUGGCCUGGAGCGUGUGCUCGAGGGCGCGCUUCGUAUCCGUCGCCGCGACGAUCCCUCGGCGACGGUGCUGCUUCCGGAAUUCGUUGACAAGCGCGAUUCGCACGGAAGGACUGCGCUGCAUCUGGCAGCCCAUAAGGGUAGGUCAAGCGUCGGUGUCACACACGAGACAGGCCGCAUCGCCUGCGUCCGAUUGUUGCUGCGCUAUGGCGCCUCUGCACAGGCUACAGCCCGGGACUCUACCACGGCUCUACACUUCGCGGCGCAAAACGGUCACGAAGAGAUUGCUCGCGAGCUGCACCUCGCGUUGUCUAAGGGUCACGCCGGAGUCGCCGCGGAACUCGUCGGACGGGGUGCCGUGCAAAAAUACAAUGCGAAAGCCAAGCUCCCAUUCGACCUAGCAACGAAGCGUACACUAUUUCGUUUGCAGGAGCUGCUAGGCAAUCAACGCUUCGAACGCCUGCGAGACAAAGUGUCAGGCGCCCCGAAAGUGGUUAAAACACGCGUAGCAUUCUACCAUCGCAAGAAAAAGCCGAAGAAACCUUCCUCCGAGGCGAAAACCGACCCAAAACCGGACACAUCUGCGGAUGUCCAGGACAAAGCAAAUCCAGCAUAG